UGUCAUGUGUCACAUGGUCCAGGGGCCCGAGGAGAGUCCCUGUAAUGGUGUUUCAUGCAGAAGCUGUUCUGUCCAGAGAGCCAACACUGCAGGCGGUGGGGGAGCGCUAUCACCUGGCUUACAAGAUGGUGCGCACAGACAGCCGCUUGGUACGCAGCAUCCUCUCUUCACACGGCUUCCAGGAGGUCAGUGCGAACAGCAAUGAUUUCAACCUGAUGUGGACGGGAUCUCACAUAAAGCCUCACCUCAUGAGGAGCUUGGCCAGUUUCCAGAAGGUCAACCAUUUCCCAAGGUCCUAUGAACUGACCCGCAAGGAUCGUCUUUACAAGAAUGUUCAGCGAAUGCAGCAGACACAUGGUAUACGGAGCUUCAACCUACUGCCUCAGACUUACCUGUUGCCAGGAGAGUACCAGGACUUCUGUAAUGCCUUUUCUAAGGAUCGUGGCCCCUGGAUUGUGAAGCCGGUGGCGUCAUCACGUGGUCGUGGUGUUUAUUUGGUUAACUCUCCAUCUCAGAUCAGUGUGGAGGAGAACCUCCUGGUGUCUCGGUACAUCAGUAACCCGCUGCUCAUAGAUGGGUUCAAGUUUGAUGUGCGGCUGUAUGUCCUAAUCACCUCCUAUGAUCCAUUGGUCAUAUAUCUGUAUGAAGAAGGACUCACUAGGUUUGCUACUGUGCGGUAUGAUCGGGCUGCCAAGAACAUAAAGAACCAGUUCAUGCAUUUAACAAACUACAGUGUGAAUAAGAGGAGCUCAGACUACGUGAGUUGUGAUGACCCGGAAGUGGAGGAUUAUGGGAAUAAAUGGAGUAUGAGUGCCAUGCUGCGAUAUCUGAAACAGGAAGGGAAAGACACAGCUGCCCUCAUGUCUCAGGUGGAGGAUCUCAUCAUUAAGACAAUCAUCUCAGGAGAGCUUCCAAUAGCCACAGCCUGCAAGUCCUUCCAGGUCCACAGAGGAAACUGCUUUGAGCUCUAUGGGUUUGAUGUGCUGACUGAUGGAAAUCUCAGGCCUUGGCUCCUUGAAGUUAAUCUGUCUCCAUCUCUGGCCUGUGACGCCCCCCUGGAUAUGAAGGUGAAGGCCAGUAUGAUCUCUGACAUGCUGACCCUGGUUGGUGUGGAGUGUCAGGAUCCUCAGCAGAGGCCAGGACAUGACAAGCGGGUCCCUAGACCGCAGCGCCCCCUGUCUGCCAGUGACAUUGACACAGGACUGCAGCUUGUUAGCAGAGAGAAGAAUGGAAGAAGCUGUGUUCUGGGGCUCUCCACGGAGGAGGCAAAGAUCUUACGUGGGCUGCAGGACGAGGAGGCGAGGCGCGGUGGUUUUGUUCGCAUCUUCCCCAGACAUGAUACAUGGACACUGUACGGCUCCUUCCUGGAACAUAAGACCUCUCUGAAUUACAUGCUGGCCAUGCACCUCUUCCCAAACAGAUCGGUUCUAAGUGAUCCUCGACCAACACUACACACCGCUUUGUAUGAACGAAAACUGGUGUCCCUACAGCUACGUAGAGCCAGGCGGCACAGGCUGGCACGUAGAACGGUCUUGCCUCGACCUGCUAACAGCUGUGCAGAGGAGGAAGAAGAUGAAGAUCCAAUUGAAGUUGAGGAACUAGAAGAUGUACAGGAGCAGAACGGCCCCCCAGUGGAUUCACAGACCCCUCCAGCAUCACUUCCUGGGGCCAGCAUCAUGCGGCUCUUACAAGAGGGUGCAAACCUGAGUAAGGUCCAGGCUCGUUUGGCCUUCUCUGGAUAUUUACAGCAGGUGCAAAGUCGAUUACAGAGUGAGCAAGAUACAGAGAGUGUACUGCCAAAAGAUGAGGAGCAGAUGGAGUUGGUGAUGAGGUUUUUGCAGAGAGCGGCCGCUAACUUACAGCAGUCGGUGAGUCUGAACUUGCCGGGGCGAUGUGUGGCCCUCCAGGAGAGACGUCACCUGCUGGCCAAACACCUGGGAGACUUCAUCUGCUUGUAUGACGAGGAGACAAGCCAGCUGGGCAGCGAGGAGUCGGGGGUGAAUGCACUGGAUUUUCAGGCUUUUCUAACAAAGGCCAGUGAGCGGCAGCUGGAGGAGGUCCUAACCUUUUACACCCAUAAAAAUAAAUCUGCCAGUGUAUUCUUGGGGCGCUCACAGAAUAAAGACGCCGGAGGAGGACGGCCAGGUCUGCAGAGAGCCCCUGUGGCCCCAGGACCCUGUGCUCAGCAGGAAGUUGUGCCGCCAUCUUCUGUCCCAGCAGACUCUGGUCACUCCACAGUCUGCGCAGCACAUGGUGCCACGUCACGUCCUCCAUCAGCUGGGAGCUUCCUGCACCUACCGGCCUCCUGCGGGACGCGUCCUCAGUCCUGCACCCUGGGAUCAUUCUCCUCCUUCCGAAGUGCUGCCCAGAUCUACAGUCAGCGACUGACCCGAGCAGGCUCCGCACGGGCAGCCAGUGGGCAGCCAAAUGUCCUGAGGACUCGGUGUCGCUCCGCGGGGGCCGUGAUGGAGCUGGAAGACCCGUAUCACGUGGGAGCAGUUACAGCGUCAUUGCAGCGGCUGGCGGAGAGACAAGCAAGUCGCCAAAGUUCCAGUCACCUGAGGCAGCUGACACAGCAGGUGCCAACGCCAGCGAGAGCUAGGCUACUUUCACACUCGUUUGUCUCCUCAUCACCUCCAACUCCUCACUGA